AACUGUAAACAAUAUUACCAAAGUCGAUCUCCAGUCUCCACUCUCUACUCUCUUGUACUUUUUAUUUGUUUCUCAUAUUAUUUAGAAUUAAAUAUUUAUCUACCGUUAGGGAUUCAGUUUAAUUUUGUAUUAAUUUCUGAUUAUUUACCUAUUUGCUUGUUUAAUUUAAUUUUAAACUUUAACUGUUGGACGUGAAAAUCAGAAGUAGUCGUUGCCGCUGAGUUUAAUAUUAUUACAAGGCACAAACAUAGUAUAAUGGGUGAAGACAAAGAAAGAGAACGUGGUGACAGGGACCGAGGAGAACGUGAUAGAGAGCGCGGUGAGAGACGUCGACGUUCACGAUCUAGAGAACGUGAACGUCAUCGCAGACAUCGAUCAAGAAGUCGCGAAGGUCGUAAACGCAGUAGAUCUAAAUCGCCUAAAAAUAAGUCUAGACGUAGAAAGCCAUCUAACUAUUGGGAUGUUCCACCACCGGGUUUUGAACAUAUUGCACCUCUUCAAUAUAAAGCCAUGCAAGCUGCUGGACAAAUUCCGGCGAAUACAAUGCCUGAUACCCCUCAAACAGCUGUCCCUGUUGUUGGAUCAACUAUUACACGCCAGGCGAGACGGUUAUAUGUUGGAAACAUACCAUUUGGUGUAACUGAGGAUGAAAUGAUGGAGUUCUUUAAUCAGCAGAUGCAUUUGUCUGGAUUAGCUCAAGCUGCUGGUAAUCCUGUGCUUGCAUGCCAAAUUAAUUUAGAUAAAAAUUUUGCUUUUUUGGAGUUUAGAUCUAUUGACGAAACUACUCAAGCAAUGGCUUUUGAUGGUAUUAAUUUCAAAGGUCAGAGUUUAAAAAUAAGACGUCCACAUGAUUAUCAGCCAACACCUGGAAUGACUGAAAGUAAUCCGGUGACAAACUAUAAUUCUGGAAUGACAUUAGACAUGAUGAAAUAUGAUUCCAGUUCAUUUGGUGUUGGAACAGUUCCAGAUUCACCACACAAAAUAUUUAUUGGAGGAUUACCGGCAUACCUUAAUGACGAACAGGUGAAAGAACUACUUACAUCAUUUGGUCAGUUAAAAGCAUUCAAUUUGGUCAAGGAUGCUGCUACUGGUUUAAGUAAAGGUUAUGCAUUCUGCGAGUAUGCUGAUGUUGUGAUGACCGAUCAGGCCAUUGCUGGUUUGAAUGGUAUGCAAUUAGGAGAAAAGAAAUUAAUUGUCCAAAGGGCCAGUAUUGGAGCUAAAAAUCCUGGUCUUGGACAAGUACCUGUUACAAUUCAAGUUCCUGGACUUACAGUUGUUGGAACUGCUGGACCUCCUACUGAGGUUUUAUGUUUAUUGAAUAUGGUAACUCCUGAUGAACUUAAAGAUGAAGAAGAAUAUGAAGAUAUUCUGGAAGAUAUUCGUGAAGAGUGUAGUAAAUAUGGAGUUGUUCGAUCAUUAGAAAUUCCACGACCUAUUGAAGGAAUUGAUGUGCCUGGAUGUGGAAAAGUGUUUAUAGAGUUUAAUACAAUUCCUGAUUGUCAGAAAGCACAACAAGCUUUGGCUGGCAGAAAGUUCAAUAACAGAGUUGUGGUUACUUCUUUUAUGGAACCAGACAAAUAUCAUAGAAGAGAAUUUUGAUUACAAUAAAUUUAAUCCAAUAUUGAAAAUAUUUGAAUUUUAAUUAAUUUUUUAUGUUAUAGAACAUCCUCAAUACUGAAUUAUGACUUUUAAACUAGUUCCAUUAAUAGCAAGUCUUAUUUUGCUGUAUGUUUGAAAAUAAAUUGAUUGUAUUUAUUUUAUCUUAUAAUUUAGAUAUAAAACUAUUUGUCCAAAAUAGAUAAUAAAUAAUAAUAAUAAAUAAAAAUAUAA